AUGGCUGGUCCCGGCGGAGGUCCCUCGAGACGCAGCCACACCAAGUCCCGGAAGGGAUGCAAAACGUGCAAGAGAAGGCAUAUCCGGUGUGAUGAAACAUUCCCGCAAUGCCGAAACUGUACAAAACACCAAGUCCGUUGUGAUUACAUGGACAGUCCGACUGCCAUGAUGCCAGAUUCUCCCUCGUCUCCCCAACAACCUAAUUUGCUAUGGACUCCAGAGAUCGAAACCACCAUCGAGCUGUGGAGCCAGACGGGCGAGUUCCCCUUUCCUGAACUUCGAGUGUACCCGCAGCCGCAAUGGCGGGCCAUUGGCAAAACCGACUUGCGUUUGAUUCAUCAUAUUUCCUCCAUUUCAAACGAAAUGUUCAGGAAUAGAACGUCGAAAUCGACACUGUGGACGGAUAUGAUGCCCAAAUUUCUGAGCAUCUCAGCAUCACAUCCUUUUGUAAUGCACUCUAUCCUUGCCUUUUCUGCCUCACACCUGGCAUGGAUUUCCCAGUCGAGUGAAACGCGGAACCUUGCAUUUCAUCAUGCAAGCAUAGCUCUCAAGGGCCUGCAUGAUGGUAUCGCAAACUUCACAAAACUGAACUCGGAUGCGGUACUUGCUUCGUCUCUGCUCCUAGCGUGGCAAGCCACGGACUGGCGAGGCUGGGCUUCACUGGUGACAGGCACAAAGACGGUUAUUCAAUCAAUGCAGCCGUGGAGGCACGAGUCCCUGUUUGCUGAUUACAUCGCCGACAACACACCAAUGCCCAAUCGAAGUUUCAUGAACCCCGUCAGCACACCCAUAUCGCAAGACGCACGAAGGGAACAGCUCAACACGCUGCUAGAGAUUCAUGCCUCCCUACAACGCAUGCAGCCCUAUCUGAACCGUAACGACCAAGAGACGAAGUGGGUCGACCAACUGAAGAGUUAUCUCGAUCGUUUGCGGGCCUCCAACCAACCACAAUCCCCCGAGGAGCAAUUCAAUCAGCUCUAUGCUCUACGGAAGUGGCUCUUCUGGGUUCCCAUAUCGCUUUUGGCUGCGAAAUGCGGGGACGUCAAUGUCCUUGUUGUUCUCGCACACUUUUACGCCACAGCGCUGGCGCUGGAGCCCAUGUUCCCAGAUGUGGCAUCUGUUUUUGUAGCUGAUCCCUCCCUUCGGCCGUUGGAAGAGAUCAAUCAGGUUGUACAAGGGUUCCAAGACACGAGAUAUGAUUCACGCAUACAGACCAUGUCCUAUCUAAUACAGUUUCCCAUGGAUAUGGUUUCGACCUACAAGACUCGUCGGGAAUGGGCCCGACAACAGAUGGCUACCAUGUCUACGAUGCAACAGCCAGCGUACGCAAUGGAGUCUAUCAACCUGGACUUUGAGAACCAGAUUGCACAACAUAGCUAUGGUCAAGGCCAAAGCCUCAGUCCCGCCUUUGCGCCUUCUCCACUGACAUUCUUGCCAUCCAACAUGUCUUCUACGCCCACAUCGCCCUACCUGGAGGUUCCGAGAGCGGUCCCCGACGCCUAUAGCUCCAACAACUAUGCGUCGUCGAACAGUUAUGCGUCUCCGCUGGGGUCACCUGCAGCAUUGCUACCGCCUUACAGCACAGCACCACAAGAUCAUGCAUACACGCAGUAUGGAAUGCAUACGGGUUAUCCCAGCGGGUUCGUGGCUACACCUAUCUGGACAUGA